CCCAGCAGAAAAACCCGGAAUUCCUAAUCUUACAAAAAAAUCCGAAAAGAUAAUGGCGCCGAUCUUUGCCGUCGUGGCGCCGCCGCCCGUGCGAUUCCCGGUGGCUCUUCUCCGACGAUCGCUGGAUACCCCAGUCCGGCUCGCUUCGCGAGGAUGGGACCGUGCUGGUAUGGUGUCAUCUCACCUGUGCGAGAGAGAAGCCCCCCUACCCCUGGCUCUAGAUUGGAAGAAGCUCAACGUCAGGGAGGCGGCUUCGGAGGAAGAGCUCCUGGCUGCUGUACAGCUCCGAAUCCGGACUUUCUACGAGUUCAAGCAAUCCUACGGCAUCGAGGAUUAUAAGAGACAGCUGAUGGAGCGGGAGUUUGAAGCAUUAAAAGAUCGAGUUUCUGGCAAGAGAGUAGAAUUCAAGAGAGUUUCUUGUAUAAAUGCCUCAUUGCCACUGUCACCGUCCUUAAUUGAUGCUAGUGAUUUGUGUUCUACAUGUAAGUUCUCUGAGGAUGGUAAAGACCGAGUAGUUGUUGGGACGUUAGAUGUUAAUCAGUGCGUGAAGUUGGCUGAUGAAUUAGCAGGGAAGAGGCCUGAGGGUAGUGGAAGCAAUCUCACAAGGGCAUAUCUCAGCAAUGUUUGUGUUGCUGGUGAGCUCCAAAAGAAUGGUUUGGGCUAUACAAUAGUUACGAAAGCUAAGAAACUCGCUUUUGAAUGGGGAAUAACUGAUCUCUAUGUUCAUGUUGCCGUUGACAAUGAAGCAGCACAAAAGUUAUACAAGAAGAGUGGUUUCAUCUAUGAGAGUGAGGAGCAAACAUGGCAGGCCAGAUUUCUAGGUCGACCAAAAAGGUUACUUCUUUGGAUUGAUCUUACUCAAAACAACUUGUAAGGUAACAGUAAUGAUAUAUUGCAUUCUUUGGCUUUUUAGAUACUGGUCAGAUAAUGAACUUGUAAUGUAACUGUAAUUUUCAAUUAUUUACUCUGGUUCUGGAUGCUCUGGGGAGAUAAGCCCCUCCCAAGCCCGUAGUUGGCAAAUUUGUCUCAUGCAUUUAUAUGUAUAUGUAAAUUUUCAUUUCAAACA